CCGAGAAUGUCAACCCAUGCAGCGGGGAACCAGACCUCCGGGGCCACAGAGGACUACUCCUAUGGCAACUGGUACAUCGAUGAGACCCCAGAAGGCCAAGAGGUCCAGCUGGAUGAGUCUGUACCCUUGUGCCAGCUCAGCGUACCACCCAGCCUCUUCCACACCUGCCUGGCCUUGCUGUCUGUCCUUGUGCUACUGCUACUGGCUGGACUGGUGCGGCGUCGCCAGCUGUGGCCCCACUGUGGGCAUGGCAGACCUGGGCUGCCGAGCCCUGUGAAUUUCUUCGCUGAAGACAAGCCCUGGAUGGUGCCCGCUGCUGUCUUCAUGGUCCUCUUCAGCUCCAUAUGUUUGCUGAUCUCUGAUGAGGACCCACUGCCCUUCCUAACCCUCAUCAGAGCACCCAGACAAGGUGGGGAAAUUGAGACUCCCAGAGGACCCUGGAAGCUACUGGCUCUGUUCUAUUACCCUGUCCUCUACUACCCUCUGGCUGCUUGUACCACAGCCAGGCACAGUGUUGCGUACCUCCUCGGCAGCACAGUCUCCUGGGCCCACUUUGGAGUCCAGAUCUGGCAGAAGGUGGAGUGUCCUCAGGCACCCAAGAUCUACAAGUACUACUCCCUGCUGGCCUCCCUCCCUCUCCUUCUGGGCCUCGGAUUCCUGAGCCUCUGGUAUCCAGUGCAGCUGGUGAAAAGCUUCAGCCAUAGAGCAGGACCAGGCUGUGAGAUACCACAGAACAGCUACUCUGAGGAGUAUCUGAGGUAUCUCCUUUGCCAGAAAAAACUGGAAAGCAGCUCCCACAACUUCAAGCGUAGCUUCCUGUCUCGGGCUUGGAGCAGCUUCAGACACCGUAUCUACAUCCCUCAGCAAGGAUUCCAACUCCCCCUGAAGCUGGUGCUUUCAGCAACCUUGUCAGGGACGGCCAUUUACCAGGUGGCCCUCCUGCUGCUGGUGGGCGUAGUCCCCACUCUCCAGAAGGUGAGGGCAGGCAUUACCACAGACGUGUCCUACCUGCUGGCUGGCUUUGGGAUCGUGCUUUCAGGCGACAGGCAGGAGGUGGUGGAGCUGGUGAAGCAUCAUCUGUGGGCACUGGAAGUUUGCUACAUCUCAGCCCUGGUCCUGUCUUGCUCACUCACCUUCCUUGUCCAGAUUCGCUCCAUGGUGACACACAGGUCCAACCUGCAAGCUUUGUACCGAGGAGCAGCCCUGGCCCAGGACUCGCGGCCCCAGAGCCUUCAUCCUUCUCACCAGGCCUUAUUCAGUUGGAUGAGCUUCAGUGCCUACCAGACUGCCUUUACUUGCCUCGGGCUCCUGGUACAGCAAGUCAUCUUCUUCUUGGUGACGGUGACCCUUGCCUUCCUGGUGUUCAUGCCUGUCUUCCAUGGCAGGAAUCUCCUUCUCCUCCGAGCUCUGGAGUCCUCAUGGCCCUUCUGGCUGACCAUGGCCCUGGCUGUGACUCUGCAGACCAUGGCGGCCCAGUGGACCUUUCUGGAGACUUCCCAUGGACGCUCAGAGCUGACCAACAGGCGAGCUCUCUUUGCGGUCACCUUCCUUCUCUUCCCCAUCAACAUGCUGGUGGGCAUCAUUGCGGCUGUCUACCGAGUGCUCCUCUCUGCCUUCUACAACACCAUCCACCUCGGCCAGAUGGACUUUAGCCUGCUGCCGCCUAGAGCUGCCACUUUUGACCCUGGCUACCACACAUACCGCAACUUCUUGAAGAUUGAGGUCAGCCAGUCGCAUCCAGCCAUGAUGGCCUUCUGCACCCUGCUCCUCCGAAGGUGGAGCCCCCAACCUCAGGGCCCCACAGGCCCCCAGGAUGGCCUCAGACCAGGGGAGGAAGAAGAAGGUAUACCCUAUAACUUGGCGGCCAAGGGAGCAGGGCCUAGGGCCAGCCGCUGCAGGGCCCGCUGGGGUCUGGCCUACACGCUGCUCCACAAUCCAGGCCUGCAAGCCUUCCGGAAGUCAGCCCUCUCAGGAGCCUGGACCAAUGGCACCCAGUUCUGA